AUGGUUUUACAGGAAGAAGGAGCCAAUGAAUUUUCAUCUUUAUACUCCCAUGAAUCUAAUCUCGACAAAAAUAUAGAUAAUUUGGUGGAAAAUAAUGAAGUAGAUGAUCCAACUACUAUCGAGCCUAAAUCACAACCUCUUAAUAAAAAAAUUAUAUUGUUUAAUAAUUAUCUUAAUGAUACAGAUUCUAACGGCACGAAGAACUGGAAGAAUAUUAAGAUAUAUUGGACUCAAAAGGUCUUUGAUGAAUCUAAUAUAUUGACAAGCCGUGACGAUAUUUUAUGGGGUACGCUUAUCAUAUGUAUACACCACAAUAAAACAACUGAUACAUAUAACUGUUUGAUAUUUGAUGACUUUGGUUUGACCACAAUAGAGUCAGUUGAUACUACUACGGAAUCUCCCUAUUAUCCUGCGAUUGAGAAUCUAAAUUCUAAAGACAAAGAUUCAGAAAUAAAAAGAUGUAUUGCAGUUGUUAUGUUGCAACGAUACUCAGAAUUAACUGUUAAACAAAAGAAUCAACUAAAAUCGAUGUACAAUGAAGAAUCUCUUUCAGAUUAUGAUAAUGUGCAUGCUGGUCAAUUGGCUAGUAGUUUCACCGAGUUUAAAUCUAUAUCGCCCUCUCUAUUAGGUCAGAGAGUCAUUUCUAAAGGUUUACUUGAUCAGCACAAUGUUAAAUCAACUUUAUUAGAUGUAAUUUAUCAAAGCAAAGAGUCUACUAUUGAACUGAAUAAUAGGCUUGUUUUCCACCUUGGUGAACAGUUGGAGCAAUUAUUUAAUCCGAUUACUGAGUAUUCACCAGAACAAACAGAAUAUGGAUAUAAAGCACCUGAGAGUGAUACUCCAACAGAGGAGGAUAGUCCAUUAAUUAAAGCUAUUUGUAAUGAAUUGUUAGAAGUACAAUCCAAUUUCACAUUUAAUUUGGUAGAAUUUUUACAAAAAUUCUUAAUAACAUUAAGAGUACAGGUUUUGAAUAGCGAUAUUGAAGGUUUAUCCACUGUCAAAUUGAACCGUUUGUUCCCACCAACCAUUGAUGAGGUCACAAGAAUUAACUGCAUUUUCCUAGAUUCUUUGAAAUCAGCCACCCCAUAUGGAUCAUUCGAAGUACUAAAGGCUUGUAAUUUAACGAUACCAUACUUUUAUAAAGCUUAUACGAGACACGAAGCAGCUACUAAGAAUUUUAGUAAAGACAUAAAACUUUUUAUGAGAAAUUUUGGGGAUAUUAUGCCAAAUAAUGAUAUAUAUACGGAAAUGAAGCUAGAAACAAUAAUAAAAGGCCCUCAAGAAAAAUUACUAAAACUAAAAUUAAUACUUGAUAGAUUAUACAAAAAAAAAGAAUGGUCUAAAGAGAAUCUAAAGGCUGCAGGAAAAUAUUAUAAUAAUAUCAUUGAUAUUAUUAAUUCGUUUGGUCAUUUAGAUGCUCCUAUGAGUUCAUAUAAUACAAGGGUAUUCACUCCGUCAGGGAAAAUCUUGACUGAAUUGGCCAAGGGGUGGCCUGUAGAACUGCAGUAUAAAUGGCUGAAGAGACGUAUCGUUGGCGUAUUUGACAUUGUUGGAGCGUGUGAGCCGUCUAAAAGAAAAUUGUUGGUUAUUUUCAGUGAUUAUAUUGUUUUCCUCAAUAUUCUUGAUUACCAAAAAUAUUAUACUUCCGAUAAAUCUAAUAAAAAACCUCUGAUUUCAGAUAUUUUAAUGAAUUCCUUAAUUAAUGAACUUCCAUUACCUCCAAAAAUUCCAAAGUUAGAAGUUGAAAAAUACUGUUAUAUUAAUGAGAUUCAUACUUCAGUGACGAAUAACAACAUUAUUAGAUUCGAUGCAAUUGGCGCAAAAGAGAAAGGACCUUUCUCUGUGAUAUGUAAGCUCGCAUCUAAAACAAAUAAUGCCACAUAUAUUGCAGACUUGAUAACCAAAGCAAAAAUUCUAGAGAAGGAUACUGCUUUCCACUUGUUUAAAUCGUCCAGUGAAGAAUCUAUUCUCUAUUUUACAGCACAUGAGCUGGAAGCUUAUAACAGCGAAAGAAUAAAAUCUAAAUUUGGGUUAUUCUUAAACAUGGAUGUUUCUAAAGAACAAUUGAUUGCGAAUAACCUUCAUUCGGCUGUUUUUGCCAAGUUCUCCAAUCUUAGUGAAUCAAACAAAGUUCAUCUGGAUCUGAUCAGCAUAAAUGAUAAUGAAAAACGACAAACAAGAAUAAUUCCCGCAGAAAAAAUGGUUUCAACCCUCAUUUCCUUGUUGGCAGUCGAAGUACCUAUCUGUUAUUCAUCAAUUUUUUCAAAGGAAGCCUUAAACCUAAUUAAUGUUAACGGCGUUGUAACAACCCAACUUUUGGAGAGUGACGAAGUAGAUCAACCUUUAAGUGCGGAAGUAACAUCUCCAAAUUUAUCCCUUGAAAUAAACGAAGAAACUAAAAAAUCAUAUGGUACAAUAACAACAUUCAGAAGUGAUGUAAGUGAUUUGGUGGAUGUUACUGAUAAUAAAAAUGAUGGUAGCACUUCCGAACAGAGAGUUAAGAAUGGUAAAUCUGAUCAGAAAAGGAAAGAAGAGAUAAGAAAAAAGGAUAAUCUCAAAACAGAUAAGAAGAGAACAAACAGAAAUGAUAAGGCCCAAACCAGGAAGUCGAAGAUGGUACCCAAAAAAAAUGUAAUAGAGAAGAAACCAAAAGAAAAAAGAAAAAACAAGGGCUUUUUUGGAGCAGUCAAGAGUAUAUUCUCUAGUAGUAAUAAAAAGGAAAAGAAACAAAUAGGAAAGCCUGUUAUUAUAAAUCAAACAAGUUCAAAAAAGAACUUGGAUGUGAAGCCACGUCCUAAAUCGAAAUUAAAACCUAUAGAUCCUGCUGAAGAAGAAUUAAUAGUUUCUGAUAGGCAACCAGAAAUACCAAAAGAAAAGACCAAGAAUGUAGAAGCAUUAUCAAAAAAUGAUAAUAUUCGGAUAAGUUCUGUUGUCCAUAAUGCAAACUUUACAGAGACGUUAUCAGAUAAACAAGAAGUGGAUAAGAAUGAAGAAAUAGAAAAUAGUAUUCCGAAAGUUUCCCCUGCUUUUAGAAUUACAGAGAAAAAGAAAGAACUACCACAAAUUCCGAUUAAUAUCGAAAAACAUAAAACUUCGGAUAUUAGUGAACAACCACUCGAGUACCAAACAAAUGGUGCAGAGGAAGGUGACGAUACAGAUAUCAAGUUGGCUAACCCAAUUAUGCAUCAGAGUCAAUUAUUUGAAGAUGACUUGUUCGGAGAUUUUGUUUCUGAAAAACCUAAGGAGAACGGGGAACAAGAAGUGUUAAUGAAGUUACACGAGAACAUAGACAACUUAACUAAUGAUCAUAAAACUAUCAAUAUGGAAACUUUAACACCAAAUGAUGAGAUACAUGUUCCAACUGAAUCAGUAGACUAUAAAUCUGAAAAUUUGAGUUCUAGCGAUGUCAAGUUGGAACCGAAUGAUGAAAUAAAUAAUGGAUUAUUGGUAGAAUUAGAUAAACCUAAGUUGAAGAAAAAGGCACCAAUAUUCCCAGAGAUAGCUAAAAUUAUUCCACCUAGGUCAAAUAUUAAGUUUAAAAAAUCACCUUCAUUCGUAGAAUUGUUCAGAGACAUGAGAAUCGUCCUAGAUGACAGUGAUGCCAAGUACAACUGGAAAAGACUAUCCACCGAGGUCUCCUUGAAUGAGAAGUACCUUGUGAACAAUGAUGGUGCUAGCCAUGGCAACAUUGCAACAAAUAAUGGACUAAACACUAUUGCUGAGAAAUCAUAUAAUAUUCCAGCUCCAAGUUCUCCCUUAAUAAAACUCGGCAAUGCCGAAAAUAGAUCACCCAGUAGGCCAUCACCACAGAAAAGUGCAGGGUCACCUUUCAGAGCUUUGGCACACAAGAAACUUUCAGACUUAACCGUGGGCGAUGUUGAAAACUUCGAUUCACCUCCUAUUAAUGAUAGCUUAUUUACAGCACAAAAUCACGAAGAGUAUAUACAACAAAAUAUACUGUCAAAAGUUGGUAAUAGCACACCUUUAGGCUCUCCAACAAAACCUGGUGCAUUAUUUAAGGUGAUUAACAAAUCUCCAACGAAGUUUGUCACUAAACAUUCUAAGAACGAUACUCAUAACUUUUCCAAUAAUCUUCAAGAAAAUAGAAAAGUUAUCCAACUUAAAACGAUGGAUUCAGGAAUUCAACUGAAAACCCAAAAAUAUGUUAACGAUAGUUUGAUUGGUGAUGAUAAGAACGCGGUAUCAGACUUCUCUUUUGCUUCUAACUUUAAUGUUGAUAAUAAUAGACGUUGGGUUCAGUUGAAUGUUAACUCCAAAGAAGACCUUCUAGAUGAGACUUUCUAUACACCUCUAGAAGAAGCGUCGGAAUCGUUUUCAGAUCCAAUCUUUGGAAAGGCUCCUAUUAUAUUAAAUCCGACUAAAAAAAUUGCAGUGGCUAAUAACCUAAUGGAUAGAUCAAUUACAAAGAAUAAUAUACCCAUCAAAAAAAAAAAAAUUGAACACAAAGACAAGGACAAGGACAAGGAUGAAAUUUUGGAUGAUCUAGAGUUUAGUUCAUUCGAUAUCACGUUCAACACAACAAACACAACCAAUGAUGUAUAUUCUACUAUCCCAAAGGAAUCAAAUGUUGGUAAAAAUAUUCUAUUUGGGCUAAAUUCAGAUAAUAUUCCAAAAAUGGAUCCCCCAAUUGUUUACAGGUAUUCUAAGGAGUUAUCUUACAAUACUAAUGAGAAUAGUCAAACUCUAACUCAGAAUUUCAAUAAGUCAAGUACUGAGUUGAAAGCCAGUGACUAUGAUAAUGAUGAUGAACCCUUUUGGAUAUCGCCAAGUAAAGUAGAUUUUACAACAAUAAGCAAGUACACCAGUAAACAACCUACCAACAAGACUACAUUAAAUCCGAUCAAAUACAACACAGAAGAGGUUACCACUUUAAACCCCCAAGGCAAAUCUAUAACUAAUAAAGAAGAUCCAAAUAUUAUUCACGAUAUGUCAUUUGCAUUUUUGGGUAGUCUUGUUGAUAUUGAUGGAACUGAGGAUGGUUCUGAUACGACAUCAAAUUUUAUGAAUGACAAGCCAACACGGUUGCAAUUUAACUAA